UUCUAACCCUAAACUACAAAACCUUUCACUUAGCUUGCUGCCUUAGAUAUCCUUUACACCCAUAAUACCGUGAAUCCUCUUUUCAUAUCUCAAGAUGGUACCGAUGAUGAAGAGGAAGGGUUUAGGAGUGCUGCUAAUUACUCUUCUCUUGUUCAUCUUCUUGGCUCUCUCCUUUGUCAAAUCUUCCAUUGCAGUCCCUACAACCAGAAGCCUGAUGAUCAACCUUGCAGGGAACCCUUCCCCAUCUGUACUUCAACAUGGCUUACCGUCUCAGGGUGCAACAGUGAUGAAGUUGAGUGAUGAUGAGGAGGAUGUAGUAAUUACUGAAGGAAGGAUGGUGGUGGAGAGCUUGGAUUAUCCUGGAACAGGAGCCAACAACCACCAUGACCCUAAAACCCCUGGCAGAUCUUAAUUACAACUAAUUAUUAUUAUUAUUAUUAUUAGUUUCAAUUAGUUAAUUAUCUGUCUGUAUGGGUGGGUGGGGUGGUGUUUGUUGAUACAUAUUAGCAUGUUUACAUGCAUGUGGCCUAGCUAGCUAUAGUCUCUCAGGAGUUGUACUGUAAUUCGUGUAAUGUAAUCUUAAUUAACUUCAGGAUUAAUGUUUUGUAUGUAUAGAAAAAAGGAACUUUAUAUAAUGGUGUUUGCUCUUAUUAUUAUUAUUAGCAAUUUUGAGAGCAACUAGGGGCGUCCUGUUAGUAUAUAGAGUAGUUAUAGAUACAAAUUGUAAUAUUUGUUUAAUUUAGGUACUGUACUGUAUUGUAAUUUAAUUUAAUAGAACUAAUAUAAAUAUUGGAAAAAG